AUGGCGCCAAAAGAAGCUGAUUACCUAGAGAUAGCUCAUAAGAGGGCUCUUGAAAAGAAAACUCACGUUAGCUUCCCCCAAUUGAAGUAUCCGUCACUAAGAGAUGAGGGUCUGAAGGAUCCAUUGCAAUGGCUUACAGGAAAGGCCCUGGACGACGGGGCUGAGGGCCUUUGGAGAGUACAUGAUAAGCUUUAUGAUUUGAAACAGUUUGUUAAUAGGCACCCUGGUGGAGCGGAAUGGUUGGAGCUGAGUAAGGGCACAGACAUAACAGAAGCAUUUGAAGCACAUCACCUCAACCCAAACACUGAGCAAAUGCUUACAAAGUUCUAUGUAAGAGACGCAAAAACUCCAAGAAAUUCCCCUUUCACGUUUCACGAUGACGGAUUUUAUAGAACAUUAAAGAAAAAAGCAUGGGAAGUGCUUAAAACCAUCCCUGAAGAAGAAAAUAGCCGUUCAGAUAUAUUGAUAGAUGCGUUAUUGGUUUGUACUCUCGCGGGAUCGACAGUAUCAUGUUGGACUGAAAAUUACUGGCUUGCGAUGAUUGCAUAUAUAUUCUCUUCAUUCUCGCUGGCUUGGUUAACGAUUGCCGCCCAUAAUUAUAUCCACAGAAGAAAUAACUUCAGAAUGUAUUACUUCAAUGUAGGUUUGUGGUUUUAUAGAGACUUCAGAAUAUCGCAUGCUCUAUCUCACCAUCUUUAUCCAAAUACGUUGAUGGACUUGGAAAUCAGUGGAUUCGAACCUAUUAUAUUUUGGAAUCCGAGGAAGGAGCGUCCCAUCUAUGCAGAUUAUGCUUUUAUUAUUGAACAAAUAAUGUUUCCGUUUAUGACAAUAAUUAACUUUAUGAAAAGAAUAUACCUUAUCUUCACGCGGCCCAACUAUUUUACCCAACAUUGUCGUUGGCAUGAUUUAAUAGGUCUUCUAUUACCUUUAUGCAUGUAUGAGAUUAGUGGUUGUUCUUUAUAUGAUUCAAUAUAUACCUGGCUCUGGAUUAAUUGUACUGCAAGUUACAUAGUUUUCACAAUUGGUAUAAACGCAGCUCAUCAUCAUCCCGAUAUAUUUAAGGAUGGGGAUGAAGUCAGUAACAUAACACCGGAUUGGGGAAUGCACGAGUUGGAAGCUGUCAUGGACAGGAACGACAUAAAUGACAAUUAUUUUAAAGUAUUGACAUUCUUCGGCCAUCAUGCACUUCACCAUCUGUUCCCAACCCUGGACCACGCAGUUUUGGAACAUUUAUAACCCAUUUUUCUGGAACACUGCGAAAAGUAUAGAGCCAAUUUCCGACUGACAUCACAACUUGAUCUGUUUUUGGGCCAGAUAAAAAUGACUUUGAAAACGCAGCCUACGCUA